AGUGAUGCCACCAGAGUCCGGCUGUAUAACUGCUAUGUGCUUCCUGUUCUGCUGUACAACAGCGGAACGUGGGCACUGACGCCGUCCGAGCUGAGCGGGCUCGAAAGCUUCCACCGCCGACAACUACGUAGCGAACGCCCGCUCCGCCACAGAAUCACAGCAGCACGAUGGCGUCUGUUCGGCCACGUCCUGCGCCGGCCCGAGAUCCCAGCGUACACCCAGAUGGCCGCCUACUUCGACUCGUCGUCCAAGGGAACCUGGCGUGGACGCCCACGCACGACACUACCGACUGUGCUCGAUGCGGACCUUAUCUCGAGCGAAUACGCCUAUCGCCUCGAGACCCGCCGUGACCUGGACCAACUUCGGCUGCUUGCACAAGAGAAACCUAAAUGGAAAGCCCUCGAGAGGGCAAUUGUCGCCGCACUGCCGGCGAAGAAGGACCCGACGUAUGCGGACACCACCUUAUGCCGUCGACUAGCAAAGCUGAGCCUAGCGACAGCAUAG